UCUCAGGCGGUCCAAAAGCUUGUGAUCGGGGCUCACCCCAGUUCUUAGCCGCCUCCUCACAACAAUUCUGCUUUUCAGAGAUGUCAGUGGAAAAAAAAACACACCCCUCCUUCCUGCUUUUCCAAUUCUCUGAUGAUUCAAGCCACGUGUGCUGAAAAUGGAAUUUGGAACAACAAGAAGGGCGACAGUAGCGGGAAGGCAGACAAACGAAGUCUGUUUGCUGAACUUGUCAUUUGGGAAUGGCCUUGGCUGCGUAGGCAAAGAAAGCCGGGGUGGCAGAGAAGAGCAGCCAUGUUGAAACAGCACCACUUUCUAGCAUCCUACCUUCCAUUUCUAUUCCUUCUCCCAUCAUCAGCAGACUCCAGUCACUGCCAUGUGUUCCCCAGAUUCGUCUGCCGGAAGCACAACGCCUUUGUGCCUGGACAUAAUUUAAUUGGGGAGGGGGUUGACAUCACCACUCUGGACCGGAAGGGGGCUUAUGUGGUGGACACCAGCCGAUGGCAGGGCCCAAAUGGGACAUGCACUCUGUGCCGGAACCCUCUGAUGGAUGGGCAGCUACAAAAACUCCCCCUGGCAGGCGUGGAUUGGCGGACGCACAGCGAUUGCCACCGGCAGACGAGCAGUUCCGUGGAGAAUUCAGACAUGGAUGUGGCAAACGCAAUGGCCAGGGAGGUGAUCAAUGACUGGAAAAUAGAGCUGGGGUUGCCCACAGAGGCAACAAACAGCCUGGGGUUCUCCAAAGCUCAGGUGGCCUUCGCUGGAUCUCAGUCCCAGAUGACCAUCUAUGCACAUAAGAAAUCUCGGCAGGACAGGCAUGUCUUUCUGAGGCAAGAGGUCUCCUGCAAGUACUACCGGUUGAGACUUCUCCAGAGCCCAUCUCUGUUGGCCCAUGAUUUCUCCCGUGCUGUGGACAGGCUGCCAAGAAAGCACAACUCUGAGGAAUACCAACACUUCAUCAACACCUAUGGCACCCACUAUAUCAGCCAUGUGCAGCUGGGUGGACGAGUACGCCACCUGCUAGCCAUGAGGACUUGCACAAUGGCCUUGUGGGGGUUCACAGCUUCCAAACUCAAGGACUGCUUGAAUAUGGAGACUUCUGUGGGACACGACUGGCUGUUUGGGUCCUUUGUCCUCAACUCCAAGUGCCAGAAGCUCUGGGGGAGCAACGCCCAUGGGAACUUCUACGACGCCAACGCCGGACAGCGCAUAGAAGUGGUAGGAGGAGACAAGCAGGUGGAGAUGACGUUCUCCACAACCGGAGAGAUCCCCCAGUUUUUGGAAUGGAUGGAGAGUGCCAAGGUGAAUCCUGGACUGGUCUCCUAUUCUCUUCUACCUCUGCACACCUUGCUGAAACGGACUGACCCAAGAAGAGACUUGCUGAAGCAAGCCAUAGCGGAUCACAUCAACCGGAGGGCCCUCAGGAGAGACUGUCCACAGAAAUGCCCACCCUGGAGCUCGGACGAGAGCUGCACAUGCAUGUGCCAGGCGGACUCCAUCACCAACCACAUGUGUUGUGCCAGGGAAAGGGGGAUGGCGUAUCUCAGCUUCUACGUUCACAGUGGCGCCAACCUUUGGGGAGACCACUUUACCGCCACCGAUGCCUUCGUCAAAGUUUUCUUCCAAGAUCAGGAAAAGAGGACCGCGAUCGUACGCAACGAUAACAACCCCCAGUGGUCUGAAAUCCUGGACUUUGGAGCCGUGACACUCACCGGCUCCGACUCUUUUACCUUAGAGCUGUGGGACAAGGACGUCUGGCAUGAUGACCUCUUGCAGAAAUGCCGUGGAAACCUGGUGGCUGGAAGAGGCAUCAUAAGACUCAGGUGUUAUCCCUCUCAUGGUUACGUCAGAUUUUCUUACUUGCUGGAAUGCGGCCGCACGCUGGCAGGCCCCAGCUGUCAGGAUUAUGUGCCCUUACGGCUGCCGACGUCAUAUUUCAAUAAUACUAAUUCCCCAUUCCAUGCUUAGUGCCUGCACAUUAUAUUUCAGGACCAUAUGUUACAGAGGUAGGCAAGGAACGGGAAGGAUGAGAUCCCAUUGUCCGGCCAAAGUUUGGGAGAAACUAUUCUGUCUGGGAAGAGCUUGGAAACGUUACUGUUUUGGACUACAAUUCCCAGAAUCCUUCAGCCAGCAUUUUCUUUUGUGGCAUGAAUUGUAUAUAUCCAGCAACUGGACUUGAACAAUCUGAAGGAUUCCUUCCAGCUCUGUAGUUCUAAGGCUGUUAUUAAAGUUUCUAUCUCUGCAUCUGUAUAUGAAUCAUACAUUUCUCCAUAUAUAUUUUGGGCCUGUAAAUCGUAUUAGGUGUGCUGGCUGGCUGCCAAUGGC